CGGGACGACAAAUCAAAUAGGCGUUCUGAUUCUGAAUGGCAACCUGUUCCUUUCUGGAGUUACAUUUGUUCUAGUACACUUGCUUCUUAGACUACUUACUCCUACUCGAUGAGCUAGGUUUUUAGUCAUAAUGAAGUACUACCGCGGCGGGGGUCGUACUAUUACAUCUAUACAUCAGGAUCUUCGUGGAUUUUUACCCAGGGGUGAUGUAGAAGUACAACUAUUUGCUUUCUCGUCAAUAAUUUCUUUUGAACUACGUGUUAAAGAGACGAAGGAUGCUGUUUCAGACCGGGGGAAGCCGGUUGCAGUUGCAACCUGUUAGUUUCGCAAAUUUCGGUCCAGCAGGAGGAGUGGAGGCAUAUGCGCCAACAGCUGUCCUCCGGUCCGCGAGUGCCCAAGCCAGAGGUCCCUCUUUGGCUCAGCAAUGGAUAGGGACAGCGGGUACUAUGAAUAUUUGCUGUUUGUAUCUGUAACAGCUUUCUUCCUGGUAGGUGGUGGUCACAAUCUUUUUUGGAUUAUGUGUUUGUGGAUCAAUAAAGAUGGGCACAGGCACACCAAUUGUUACUUUUGUGGUUAUACCUCUUGCUAAAAGUAUCUAUCAUGUGGAUUGCUGUCACGUUUUUGAUUGAAUCACACUUUAUUUCAAACACCAGGCACCAUCGGAGGCGAUCCUUCUGAUGGGGGACACGUCGUUGGAGGCAACAGCGUAAGCAGGUCAACGUCUGUGGGUCCGCGACUGCAGCAAAAUGGGACUGCACCGUUGCCGUUUUUUAGUGUGGUGCCACAACUGCUAGUUGGUCCGAGUCACGCGGCUUCUUCGGCGAGACCCAACCAAGAUGAAGUUGCUGACCCAACAUGUGGUCCCGCGGGAGGCCCACUGCGAUUGCGGCCUGGAGCUGGCGUCCGGGUUCCGUCACCGCCGUCAAUGGCCGCCUCUUUGCUGCCACCGUUCGGUUCUCUCACUGUGGGCGGCGGCGUCAGUUCUUCGCGCGGGUUCUUAAGUAGCAGCAGAGCUGGCGGCGCAGUCUUGCAGCAGCGCAGUCCGAGCCCACCAGCUGCACAGGGUUUAUCUCGCAGCGGUGGCGCACUGAACACUAGCCGCGGCUUGAACGGUACGUUGUCGCGGACGGGAGAGUCAACGAGGGUGAUGUCGCGGAGCACCGCCAGUGGGGUCGGGAGCGGCACUUCUGCAGCUUCAGGUAGUCGUCGCGCGAACCCGCAUAUUCAUCGGCAAGCGAGCGGGAGUGACAGUCGGACGUGGAACAAACUGCAAGCCAAAGGCCACAGAACGGGAAGCACGACGGCGAGCAAGAGCACUGCCGCGUCUUCGAAAACAUCCGUGCCGUCGAGCGGAGAACACUUGCGGCGCACGCCGCCUUCCAGCAAAAGCUCGACGUCAACCACGGCGGGCCCCAGCAGAGCAGUUCCACCACAGUACGGGACAGCACCAGGCAUGCGCAACACUAGCAGGGGCGGCGGUCCGUCUCCGAGGGUGCAUCACGUGGAAGGGCCUGGAAGAAGCGCCCACGUGAGACUGAAUAUGAGCGGGCCCGCAGCAACGGGUGUACGAGCACACCAGGCGCAGUAUUCUAGCACGGUGCAGCAAUGCGGACCGACGACGGCUUGUGGCUCGGGUUACAGUAACUCGGUCACAGCACAGGCUGCGGCACAUACGAGACGACCGGGUGCUGCGUCGCCACCGGCACUCAGACAGCCGGCGAGCGCGCGGGCGCGGCAAGUAUCGCCGCUCACGUUCGGGCGACCCGAGCAAAUGGCAGGCGGGGCACUUUCUGCUCGAAGUAGUCAAAUGGAGAUCACGAAUCCGCAGCUAAGCCAAGCACCAAUGCUGACUCUCACUGGGGGAAGCGAGCACCUCAUGCGCAAUGGAAGCCGAUCACGACAGCAGCCGUUUCAGCCGCAUUCUAGAGCACGCGGAUUGAACAAUAUGAAUAUAAUUGGUCCUGGUGCUAGUUCUUCCGGUGCAGCAGCGCAUGCUCAGUACGAGGGGGAUCUAAAUCUGCAGCAGCCAACAAGCGACGUCGGUGCUGGUUCGUUUCCCGCGCCAGCUCCUUUGCAGAAUUCCAGUAGCCGCAACAUCGUGAUCCAGGCGCCCAUGGGCUUGUGCGUUCCGGAUAUUCACGCGCCUGUGCGGAUUCGAGCUCUGCGUGGUCAGGUGGCGAGAGACAGCGCGGAUGUGGCCCAGAGGGCUGACAAAGUCCAGGAGCUGCAGGCAGUGUCCGAGGACAAGGCGCAGCUGCGAGACAGGCUAGUAGGUGAAAUCCAGCAAGCAGUGGAUGAAACCGCGUGGUUCAAGAACGAGUUAAAGGGCACGCGCAUAGACAACCAGCAGUUGACCAACGAAAUUGUCCAGAUGGAGGCUUCCGUGAAAGAGAAGGAGCGGCUGCACGCCGCGAGCUGUGAGACUGCGCGAAAGAACGCGCGGCACGCGGUUCUCUCGUUAGAGCUGAAGUCGUUGGAGCAGCGCGUCCGUGAACUGCCUACCAAAAUCGAGAAGGAGAAUGAGCAAUUUGAGGCGGAAAACGAGCAGUUGGUGUCGAAUCUCUCCACCGCGGAGGAGGACCUGCAACAAGGCCACGACACAAGGGAGCAAGCCAUCGAGAGUGCGAGCAGCGCACUCUCAGCGAUGAUGCAAAAGCGGUCGGACGCAGAAGCGAAAAAGGCCUUACAGCUUUCGUCCUUGGCCGAAGUACGCGAGAGAUUCAAACACGAGAAGGAAAAUUUACACACGGUGUCGAAAGAAAAAAUGGGCAUCUACAAGGUACUGGUACUGCGUAGUGACAUUGCAUUAUCAAUGAGUAUGGUUCCGGUUGUUGAAUAGAAUGUUUCCCAGCUACUUGUUCCUGUAGCCUGUUUUUACCUUUGUUAUCGAAAGUGAUGCAUGAGUGUUAGUUUGAUGGAGAGGUCCUCCUACUCGUAUGGUAGCUGUAUACACUUACUCAAAAUAAAAUCGAAAUCCAACUCAGUGCCUGCAGUCCGCAAACCGACGUGUUUCUGAGGUGGAAAGUAAGGAUGAGGGGGUCGCGCAGAAGAUUCGACUAGCGGAGAACAAAAUAAAGAGUAUGGAGGCACGUCUUUUGGCGGCCGCAGGCGCUGGCGAUGCCCGAGACCAGGACUUGGCGGCACUGCGCGAGCAGAUCGCAGAACAGGACCAUGACCGAGAAGCUCUGGAAUCACAAUUGCGAGAAUUGGUGAAGGCAGAAUUGGUCGAGGCGGAGAGAAGACAUAGUGAGCGGCAGCGCCAGGCUUGUUCUGCAAGUAGUCCGAUGUGCGCGGGCGGUGCUGCAGGUCCAGCAGUAACACUUACGGCUAGUAGAGAUUUAAUUCAGAUUUUUGAUAUCAUCUCAGUCGUGAGUAGAAGUAGUCAGUAUCUAUCGCCUUGAAUUUGCUAGACACUUCCGCAAUUAUCCCCGAGAGGUAUUUUCUUCUCAUUUUCCCCUCUAGAUGCUAGAAAGAUAAAGAUGGAUGCCGAUACUUCUAGAAAGAUGGAUGCAGUAUUAAUUCCUUAAGAUAAUUAUACUUGUAGAUGAACUUCUGUAGAUACCUGUAAAGGGUAGAUCCAGAAAUGGACGACUAUGGCAAUGUCUAAAACUACAGCUGCCCUGCCGCAUAGUGCGCAAGUACCCCCUUCUCUGCCGAAACAGUCGUUUUUGGAAACGCAGCUGUGCCAUUUGAGUAUGGAGAAGCUCGUCUGGGGUGCGUGGGAGGGCGCGCACCGGGAGGAUGAAAUCAUAGAGCGCAACAGCGGCAUAAAAGUAUAUCAGCCUUCCCAGAGCAUUAAGAUGAUAAUCCAAUCUACUACUUGAUAUUUUAAGAGGUAGUUUUUGAAGUAGAAAAUACGGUUAUCGAAGGACCAACGCUUUUUCAAGCCAGUUGCAAAUAAUAUAUCGAGGGUGCUGCUCAUUUCGGGGGUCAUGCAAAGGUCAAGCAGGAUAUUCUUCUGUACCGGAAUGAUGCAAUGGUUUAGUAGCAAGUAACCUCUAAGUAGAACGUAAACAAGGGACGGAUUCACCGUGCUGGAACCAGUUCUUGCAGCUCUUUUUACGAGGAUGACGACGCCAGUGUGUCCACGACAGUCUCAAUUCCAUCAACGGGCAAUGCAGGGGCGAAUAAACCUAAUGGUACUGGUCGAGUGGCACAGCGGUCCUCCGUCAACGCAACCGCCCUUGUCCCGGAGGGAUGGAGCUUUGUGCCAGCAGUGGUACAACUACUGGCUAACGUGUACGACGAUGAGCGCUGCGAGAUACAGCAUCUGGCAGUGCUCUCGGCUAGCUGCAAGCAGAGUAAAGCAACGCAAGCCAAGGGAUCUGUACACGACCCGUCUGAAUUAUGGUGACGCGAUCAGUCCAGUUCCAUCGUAUCUUUCACUCUUGAUUGUGCUUAGUGCGUUUCUUUGCCUUUACUUGAUAGCGCUGUCGUUUCACCGACCUUUGUUUCACCUAUUUCUUGACUAUGAUGCCUCGGGGGCUGUAGUAUGCACAAUUAUACCCGUCCUUAUAAUCCAUCGCAUCGAGUAUACUAACCAAAACUCGUCAAUUCAUUAAGUUCAAGCAUCAAUUUCCUACAGUAUAUAGUAGAUCUAGAUUCAGACUUCGAGUAAAAACUCUCCCAAGGCAAGGUACGUGGGCACGCGGACGCGGCAGUUGACGUUCAUGCCCUUCUUUUACAACACCACAACUUCAAGAAUUAGAGGGUUAGUAGUUGCUCUUGUUCUAUAUAGUAGAUUUAGACUUAGAGUUCUUAUUCUUAAUUUCAUUCCUUUACUAUUAAAUAGUAUUGGUAUUGUCGCCUUCAUUUUUUGGCGCGGAGCAAGGGCAUUGUGGUACGUCGAGCAAGGGCAUUGUGGAUGGAAAACUAGCAGGUCCGCGAGGACCAUUUUCCGUAUCGUCCGCGAACAAAACUGCUGGAACACGAAGACGUUGAAUGAAUGAAUCCAUCAGGUGGCGGCUCGUGGCAUUGCCAUUGACAAGUCGCCUUUUGUUCCUCGUUGGUUACUUUAAAAGACCAGUCGUGACAUGUUGAAUUCUUGAUGAUGAUGUGUCCUUUGAUUGUGUUCACAUACUUGCUGCACAAGCCCAUGCUGCUGGAGGCAUUCGAACUUACGACGCAAAUUAGUGUCAGAACUAUAUUCAAAUUCAUAUUGUUCUUAUUGUAUUCUAACGUUGGGCUACAAGAUCGAUUAAAACUUUACUAUUUACUCACUCCAAGAAUAAGAUUGAGGAUCUUGUUGCAGCUGAUUCGUAUUGUGGCUAUACUAGUAUACUUACAUCACCAUAGAACUAAAAGUAGGUAAAAAGCGGCUGUUCGUUUGAUCAGGCAUUACCAUGAAAAAGGUUGUAUGGACUAUAAUUACUUCGCGACACCAAUUAUUAUCUACAAGACUACAACUAGCCAUAGAUAUUAUUACUACUUCUUGACCUGUACUAUUGCUUCGUAACCCGCCGCGAAAAUGAUUACUACUUCCAAGCGGUAGAAGUGUGUUGAGCUACAAAGCAAGAAGUCGAGGUGUUUGCUUUCUGCAGAUCUUAUUGGUAUUUUCAACGAAAGCAAGCUGUGAACCUCAGCAUAGUCUUGUUUUGGGGCAGCAUAAGACUGCCGAAUGAUUCCUUUGAGCUUUAUUUUUGUAAAAGACACGAAGUCCCCUGAAAGUACUCGAGAAAGACUGGAAUUUCAGUUGGAGGUAUGGGUAAAUGCAUACAUUAUUCGGGAGAAAAGACACCACGACCACCGAAAC